CAUAUAUGAAUGGGGUUAUUAAAAAAAAAAUUGUUAUUUCCUAAAUUCUUGGCCAAUGAUAAUGGAGAAGAAUCCAAUUCGUGAAUAAUAAUAUGGCAGAAUGGAUGUCACCCCUUUUGUCUGUUUGUCUCUUUCUGUACUACACAAUAUCAUUGUUCAAAUUCAGUUGUACUUUUCUUUUAAUUUUUAUUUUCCAUUUGAUUAGAAAAAUUACCAUAUUUCUUAGUCUAUAAUUUUGCAGUACAUACACACUCUCCUCUUCUUUCUUCUCUCUCCUCUUCACUAAUGUUCCUCUUUCUCUCUCUAGUACGACAAUUACAAUCCCUAAAACAACAAAACCUCCUUACAUAUAUACAUAUUAUAUAUAUAAACGAUCAACAAUGACAAUGUUAGCGAAAUCACCACAUCCAUGGCUCGUUUCCUUCUGUUCCUCUCUCUCCUCCUUCUCCUCUCCCUCUCCAUCUCCGCUCACGGCGGCGACUCCGACGACGACGGAAACUCGCCGCCGGCGGAGAAACCCAACCUCCGGUCCCGAUCACUGAUACUGGUCAAAAUUUGGUGCCUGAUACUUGUUUUCGCAGGGACUUUUGCCGGUGGGAUGUCGCCGUACUUCAUGAAGUGGAACGAGGGUUUUUUGGUGGUCGGAACUCAGUUCGCCGGAGGUGUGUUUCUGGGGACGGCUCUGAUGCAUUUCCUGAGCGAUGCGAACGAGACGUUUGGGGAAUUGACGAGUAAAGAGUACCCCUUCGCUUUCAUGCUCGCCGGCGCUGGUUAUUUGCUGACUAUGUUGGCCGAUGCCCUCGUUUCUUAUGUUUAUGGUAAAAAUGGCAAUGCUACUUCUGCAAACCCUGAUCUCGAGCUUCAAGAAAAUGCUCAUAAUACAGCAGGCAAUGGCAACAGACUCUCUCUAGACUCGAAACCACAGGAAAACGCUGUACAAGAACAAGGCCAAUGCACAAAAGCUUCACUCACGACCGCCACGUCACUCGGCGACAGUAUCCUGCUAAUUGGUGCACUCUGCUUCCACUCUGUUUUCGAGGGAAUCGCAAUCGGAGUGGCGGAGACGGAAUCAGACGCAUGGCGAACACUGUGGACCGUCUCUCUGCACAAGAUAUUUGCAGCCAUAGCUAUGGGAAUUGCUCUUCUCAGAAUAAUUCCCGACCGGCCGCUCCUUUCAUCCGCAGCCUAUGCAUUUGCAUUUGCUAUAUCGAGCCCGAUUGGUGUGGCAAUAGGGAUUGUAAUCGACGCCACUACGCAGGGUGACGUGGCGGAUUGGAUUUACGCGAUCUCGAUGGGGUUAGCUUGUGGUGUUUUUAUCUUCGUCUCGAUUAAUCAUUUGCUGUCCAAAGGGUAUAAACCUAGGAAAAUUGUUUCGUACGACACUUCUCUGUAUAGGUUCUUGGCUGUGUUGUUGGGAGUUGGGGUGAUUGCAGUUGUUAUGAUCUGGGAUUAGAGUUUAGAUUAGAGCCGUGUUUGGUUGAUUUUUUCGACAAAAAACAAAAUUAAUGAAUGUAAUGUUUGAUUAUAUAUGGGAAGAGAAAUAACAAACAAAACAUUGUAGUAUGUGAUCGAGAAAUUACAUGCUACAUCUGAUUACUUA